CUCUCCCGCAGCCCCGGACCGAGCGGCGGAGACCCGAGAGGCGAGCGAGAGGAGGCCCCGUCCCGGAGCGGCCGGGCGGGCGGGAUGAAGAGGAGCGCUCCCCGGCGGCGGCCACCACCCCCACUACCACCACGACGGCGGCAGCAGCAGCAGCUAGGCCCCGCCGCGGCGCUGCCAUGGCAACGGGCCGCGACGGCGGCCGCCGAGGGACACAAAGGGUGCCGGAGCGGCGCCUGAGGCGCGUCCAGCCGCUUCCGAGGGGCGCCGCCGCCAUGGAGGUCGCGGCCGGCCCGGCGCCGCCUCCCCGCUACCGGCUGCUGACGGAGAUCGGGCGCGGGGCCUACGGCGUGGUGUACGAGGCGGUGUCCGGCCGCAGCGGCGCCCGCCUGGCCGUCAAGCGCAUCCGCUGCGACGCGCCCGAGAACGUGGAGCUGGCGCUGGCCGAGUUCUGGGCCCUGACUAGCCUGCGCCGCCGCCACCCCAACGUGGUGCGCUUCGAGGAGUGCGUCCUCCAGCGCGACGGCCUCGGGCAGCGCAUGAGCCACGGCAACAAGCAGAGCGCGCUCUACCUCCGCCUCGUCGAGACCUCCCUGAAGGGUGAGAGGAUCCUGGGCUACGCUGAAGAACCCUGUUAUCUCUGGUUUGUCAUGGAGUAUUGUGAAGGUGGAGACCUGAACCAGUACAUCCUCUCGCGCAGACCUGACCCGGCCACCAACAAGAGUUUUAUGCUCCAGCUGACGAGCGCCAUCGCCUUCCUUCACAAGAACCACAUUGUGCACAGGGACCUGAAGCCAGACAACAUCCUGAUCACCGAGAAGUCAGGCGCCCCUGUUCUCAAGGUGGCGGACUUUGGACUCAGCAAGGUGUGUGCCGGCUUGACUGCCCGAGGCAAAGACGGGGGGAACGAUAACAAAAAUGUGAACGUGAACAAAUACUGGCUGUCGUCUGCUUGCGGCUCAGACUUCUACAUGGCUCCGGAGGUCUGGGAGGGACACUACACUGCCAAGGCCGACAUCUUUGCCCUGGGCAUCAUCAUUUGGGCAAUGAUCGAGAGGAUAACUUUUAUUGACGCCGAGACCAAGAAGGAGCUGCUGGGGACUUACGUCAAGCAGGGGACCGAGAUUGUACCCGUGGGGGAGGCACUGCUAGAAAACCCAAAGAUGGAGUUGCACAUCCCCCAGAAACGCAGGACUUCCAUGUCCGAGGGGAUCAAGCAGCUCUUGAAAGACAUGUUAGCUGCUAAUCCGCAGGACCGCCCUGAUGCCUUUGAGCUUGAAUCCAGGAUGGACCAGGUUACUUGUGCUGCUUAAACUCAGGUCGAAGUGUUGGUGCGCUUUGAAAAUUAGGGAUUUCUUACCAGGGACCUACAACCUUCAUGACUUACGUGCACAGAAGAAAGUUGAGGACGGUCCGAGGCAAAGCAAGAUCUUUGGCAACAUGAAGUUCAGAAGAGCCUUUUCCAAGUCACAUGAGAGCAGGGAACUAUGUCAUGAUGAAACUAUUAAAGCUUUUUAAAAAAAAUUAAUUUUUACCUUCCCCCUCCCCUGUGCCCCCUCAGUUUUGCUGAUCAGCUAAUUCUGUGCAGGUUUUUCUGGAGAAUUCCUCUUCCUAACAAAAAAACCCACAAAGCAUUUUCCCCGCUGCUGCUAAGUACUGAAAUUCUGGUCCAGGAUGCGUAAGAGAUGUGAUCGUAAUGCUGUAUUGCAGGGGAAAAGUUCGGCGGGGAUGUCCUCUGGCAAAACACUGAUCGUCUCCUCUGACGGCCACUUCUCCCACUGUACACUAGGGAAACAAAAGCUAAUAGGAGAGUUGUCCAAGAAAGAAAAACUCUGUUCUUCCGAUCCCGUUUCAAAGGGCGUGAUUCAGCAGCAGGAAGUCUGGCCAGAGAGGGCCCCCCCAAAAAAAUUCGAAGCUGUAUAGCAACCAUGAGAGAGACCUAAAUUACUGUGUGCCAAAUUUCGGAGGUUAAGAACAUCACGUGGCAUUUGGAAGGAGUCGAGUGGGUGUUCAUGUGUGGUAGUUUUUCUGGCUACUGGGGACUCGUCUGCCCGCUCAAAGAUUAGCCUUGCAGAGGGUGGGUGGUUCGCUUGGUUAUGUAGCUUGGUCACUGAACCUUCCCGCCUCUUAGUAUAGGUCUUCUUUGUCCAUGUUGGCUGAUUUAACUGGCAACCUGCUUUCCAGGUUCUUUUGGCAGAUCAUUCCUUGACCUGCCUCUCCGUAAACGAGGAUGUAUGGCGCUGUUCUCGCCUUGCUCUUGAGACUUCUUGUGUGUACUGGCAGAUACCUGCUUCUCUUGUUAGACACUCCCUCUUUGAAACACUCUUAUCGCUGCUCUGUCUACUUCCAAAUUGGCUAACUAUCCUCCGGUCAUCUCCGUGGUCAGCCUAUCCUGGUGGUUUCUGUCUCGGAGAAGAUUCUUGGGGACUUCUUCCAAGCUAAGUGGGUUUUUUCACCAGUUGCCCCCGGAAAGGUAUUGGUGCUUAUCAUCAGUCGGCUUUAUUAGGCACUGCGGGCUUGACCCCACAGAUCUCUUCCAGUGGCAGUGGUGCUUUCCUUGGGAUCCAGGAACAAACCUGUGGGAUCCGUCCCUAUUGCAGGGCUGCUGCUACUCAUUUCUUGCGCUGUCCAGGUCCAGGGAAGCAAAGGAAAUGGCUAGAUCCAGCCGUGCCGUUCCACUAAGUCAGGUUGGUGCUCCUGCUGCGUACCUUCAUGCUCCGAGGUAGGGAAGUGCCCUGCUGAGGGGGAGUGCAGCUGCUGAAUGGAGCCAGCGCUUGAGGAUGCACAGAGGCCAGUGUGUGUUUUGCAGCUCUGGGAAGUCUGCUUUUGUGUCCCUCAUUCUGCUCCUUGCUUCCCGCUGCUUCCUAGGACUGUCAAUGGCAGCCUCAGCAGAUUCUUCCCAGGGUGCCUGUUAGAGGCUUGGAAGACUUCCCUGUGAUUUGCCAGGCAAGCCCUCCUGGUUCUGGGAAUCUUGCCUGGAUUUUCUCAGAUCGUGGCCGCCUUCUCUCCUCUCCCCACCCCCCAUCCUCACCUGCAUAGCAUCAUUACUGUUGGAUAUGGAUUACAAGCCUAGAGAGAGCAGCAAGGGGAGUGGACAGUCUUCGUCGCUUAAUAAAUAGGAAGCCUGGAGCUGCAUAAAGUUUAAGCAUAGGCUGUGGUUUGUCUCGUGGCCAGAUCUUUUCUCCGAUGUGAAUGAUUUAUCUCAGAUGACAAGAAACUUCCAGCAAUCUCCACAGCUUUGAUCCUCUUCCCACCCAGGAAUAACAUCCAGCCAGCUAUUGCUGUGUGUCCUAUUUCAUGUCGGCACAUUCAUGGCUGAAGUCGGUAACCACCUCGACUAGGAGGGGGGUGGGUUGGUCGAGAUCUUCCAAGCAGGUUCGUGUCAAAGUUGCUUCGAGUUCGCCAAUUCACUGGAUUAGCAGUUUGAAACCAUUGCCCGAUGACUUCAAAAAAUAGCGGCGCUUUACUUUUUGCUGGUUACAACACAGCCAGGUAUGGAAGGAAGUUUUGUGGUGCUCCGUUUCAAGGGUUCGGGGCCGUUUCUGAGAUAGCAGACACCAAACUGACCGCGGCUAGCAAUUCCAUCAGGCCACAGCAGAGGGUCGGUAGUUUGGUCAGCCAUCGGAAGAGCACUGAACUGCCAAAUUUUUUUGGACUGCCAUGAAUCGCAUCCUUUCCUCUUCCUUUACUGGAACACGUUUGCUCUUAAUGCUUUCAGAGACUUUCACAACAUCACUGUUUUUGCAUAUUACACUUAGGGGGUGUGGGUAAGAUAAGAUCAUUCUGUUUAGUAUGGAUGUAGGAGCCAAUCCCUGAUAGAAGCAAAAAAAAAAAAACCCGUAAAUGCUAAGCCCAUCCAAGCUACCUUGGUGCAUCUGUGACUUUGAAGUCGUUCCCCUCUCGUGUUUUGUGCUGCAGUUUGGGUUGCGGUAGUGAGACCAGAGUGCCUUAUUGUGGGGCUUGCAGGACUCCUUCCAGAGCAGCAUUUGGCCGGGGAAGGAGUCUUUUGAUUUUAUUUCGGUUUCAUUCCAGCGUGGCUCCAGAUCCAUUCUUUGUCCUCUGUUCUCUUGCCUUCUCUUUUAGCUGCUUGCCGUAUUCAGUUUGCACACUGGCGUCUAAGUGGAAGCAGUGCGACCUCUUUGUAUGAGUGUCAACUCUUGUUUCCAAGGAGGUGCUUGUCUACAGUCCUUUUCUGCCUGUCUGGCUUCUCUUAUAUCUGGCUGGUGUCUCUCUUCUUCAGUUGUAUAUGUGUGAGAUUCUUUUGUGCUACAGGCAGCAAUGAAUUAUUUUGGACUGAGAUUCUUAGUGUCCUGUAGGUUCCAGCUACCACAACUUGUGUUUAUAUUCCUCUUACCUGCCCCUUUGAUAGGGGUUGUGGGGGAGACCUCUUUAGCUUAGAUGGAUUUUUGAGUGGAAAUGGAUUGCUGGUUACUAAGAAAUUCUGUGGCACGGGGUUUUUUUGACCAACUGAUGUGGUUCUCUUUUAUUGCUUGUGAGAUUUCUGACUUUUUAUUUCCAGUUGGCAGUGGGAGCUGGGGCUUGCCAGACUUCUUUUCACAAUGGGUAUAGGGAAUAGCAGAGGGAACGUAGGUUAAUCUGACACACUGCUGCAGCUUAUUCCAAAGCCCCCCAAACAUUACUCUCUUCCCUAGCGUGAAUUCCUGGCUUGCAUGGCAGGGUUGAGACAACCAGACAACAAAACUUGGGCAGCAUUUGGCAUGUAUCUUCUACCAAGAUCUGUCUGCACAUGUACAGUAGGUUCCAGCACAGAACUGCUUUAGACUUCACUUACAGGCCUGCCACCCCCAAUGCUGUCUCUUCUAGAGCUCUUAAAGGGGAGGCAGCCUACCCCGUACAUGGUUUUCAUGACGCCUAGAACUGGCAUACAGGACUCUUACCUCCUUUCUAACCUUGGGAUCACUUGUGAGGGUGAUAGAGAGCAUGUGCAGGUCUGCGCCAGGUGCUGUGAGCCCUGCAUCUCUCCUCACUGAAAAGGGCAACUCAUCUGAGCGUCUGCAGAUAAAUUUCCUCUCCUCGGGCGAUCAGGUGAGCUAACUUCGAAGGAGUGCUGCAGCCACAAAGCACCGCCUAAGGACUGUGGUGUUGUAUGUGCUUCUUGGGUGCAGUGCUUAAGGUUGACAGAGCCAUAGCAUGGCCCUUUUCUUGGCCUGAUGGCUCAGUUUUCAAAAAAGGGAGCAAGCAAACACUUCGCUCUCCAGAAAGUUUCAUGCCUUGCUAGCUGUCUUGAGAUUUAUUGCGGACUCCAUAGUGAGCUGUCCCAUCAAGCACUGAUUGGCUGGUAGCUGCUGUCACAGUUCUCUGGUGCGGAUUAGGGACGAGGAUUCUUUGGGGGGGGGGGCCUGGAGGAGCAACAACUGGUGCGUUGGGGCAGGAUCGAGCACUUAUUCGCAGAAGCACCUGCUUUGGCUGGCUGCACGUGGCAUGUCUUCUCCCAUCAGUCUCCACUUACCCUUGACGCCCAAACUGAGUUCAUUCCCCUGCCACCAAGACCACCUGCUUGAAGGCAGAGGAAGUAACCAGGUAGGGCAUUGCAACGCCAUUUCGCCAUCCUUCCGGGAGCACCUGCCCCUUUGCUUCCACCAUCAGCCUCCCACUCAGCCCUUGUGUUUCCCCUUCAAGGGACGAGAUGCAGAAAUGGAUUCGGCCCUCGCUAGCGCACCCCUCUGGUUCUCUUUGUCCUCCUGCUGCUGUGUGUUAAGGACUGAGGUGCCACCAAUAGCUGGCCACCGUCUUCCUUUCUUCUUAACAGUUUGGAUCCCUCGGGAUCCAGCUCUGCACAUAUCAGAUGUCUCUAAACACUGCUAGAGCCUUUGUGAAGCAAUAAAGUUCCCCCCCCCCAAAAAAAGAAAAGUGUGUCUGAGAGAGAAAACACUAUCUCUGUGAAUUCCUUGUACUUGUUCUGUACAUGUAUGCAGUUCUCUGGUCUGGGUUUAAGCCUUCCGAAUUACACUGUUGCUUGGGCAACAUCAUAAGUCACAAUGGAGGGUUUAAAAAAUCUUUGAUUUCUUCUUUUGAUAAAUACGCUGCUUCUAGCCAGUCUUCUCUCCAAGAGGGCGAAGGGACAGAACCGUUGUUCUCCUCUUUGUGGAAAGACACUUGCUCCUCUACCGCCGGGCAUCAAGGGUGAUCAUCCGGCCUGUUAGCAAACUGGCCUUUCUCAUUCUCCUGCAGGGGGCACAACUUCUUCCCAAGCUUCUCAGAGCUGGCUUCUUCCCCUUGAACGCCCAGCACAGUCGGCGCUGCUUGGACCACUUCCUCAGUGUUUAUAUUGAUCUCAGCGUUCUGAUGCAAGCGGCAGCUUUCAGCUGGCUAUAAUUAACAGCAAAUGUUGAAACGUUGCUAAAAGCUGUCUGGAAUGACUGCCUGGGUUGCUUUUGUGCCAGCCGUUAAUUCGUGAAAUGCCAGUGCUUGAUAAGCAAGAGGGGAAAGCCCCAUCGCCGCCACUCUCGAGGCAGGCGAUGCUUGCGAACAUCGGGUCUGUUUUCAAGAGAUGGCAAAGUAGAAAGAGCAGUUAAAGGCCUAGUUCGCACCCAGGGUAGUUAUACUGUGUCUGGAAAAUGAGGCAAGCGGUAAAGUUCCUAUGAUUGAAAGACCCUCUUUAAAAGAAAUCCUUGUAAACUGAAACUCCGCCUAUUAGGAAGAAGGCAAGCCUACAGUCCUCCCUGACAUCUAGUCUCCAACAGGUUGGAUUCUAAAGAUCCAACGCUGUGUAUGGAGAGGGGAUGUCUAGGACCCUUGUGAACUCUCGCCUGCAGUCUGACGGGGUACAGCGCAGAUGCAGUAAGAAUUGGUCUCAAACUUCCAACUGGUUUCCCAAACUUCCUCUGCUCCAUUUGGUCCAGUGGCUCUUCAGGCCCAGCUUGCUGGUGGAGGGAGGCCUGAUUGGAUCCUACAAAACACACCACAGUGAGGAAAAGGCUUAAGCCCAGGCUCCAGACCACAGUAAGUUUCCACUGUUACUCUUGAAGCUCUCCUUUUCUUUGCACAGAAGCUGGUGAUCUUCGUGGGACCUGUGUGUGAACAACUUUAUAUGUUUUUUUUUUUUUUUAAACUGUUUGGUUUAUUUGGGUUGGUGUGUGACAUUGUAUUUAAGUUCCUUGAACACUGUGGAAAACCCUGAUUGUGUAUGAAUGGCAGCAGCUUUGUAAAUUAAAGAAAUGUUUGUGUGAAUAAAGCUAGUGGAUGGGGUUGAAAAGCCAUACCCAGUUUUGGAAA